ACUAAUACUUUAGGAACAAAUGGUUUGGUGUAAUGUUUAUGACUAAAUCAAUGAAUUAGUCAUAAAUAUGUCGAAUCGAAAAAUAAGAUCUCAAAGACAGUGCUAUUCUCCGACCGAAAGAUUUGAUUAUUUGCAGAAACUUCUUCACGAAUUCAAUGUCACAGAUUCGAGGGAAGCCAAGAGACAGGUGUUGGCCAAUAUAUGCAGCUUUGCAUACAAUCCCAUCAAUUUCGAGGCCCUCAACCGAUUGAAUAUAAUCCCAACUCUAUUGGAUUCACUCCGACUAAAGGAUGACAAACUCAAAGAGUUUGCAAUCAGUGGUCUUUGCAACCUCUCAGCA